AUGGCAAAACACAGUAAACACACCAGUGAUUUCAAACACAACGUUUUGCAACAAUAUCGUCCUGGAAUUUACGGAUGUGGGUUCAGAUCAUUACCAAAGCGUUUUAAAAUCAAAGGUGCUCAUAAAUUAAUUAUGAGCCGGUAUGCCAGAUGGAACGGCAUCGUUGAAUCCUUGGAACCAAAAUGGACAGAUGGUCGACCACGUAUCAUGACAAAGGAUCAAGUAACGGAUUACAUUUUAAAUUUUGUCGAUGAGAUGAACAUGCAAUACAAACCAGUGAAUUACAGAAUGAUACAAGAACACGUUGACAACUCAUUAAAUAAGCAAGUUCCAUUGAAAACGAUUCAAAGAUACAGUAGACAAGAAUGUGGUAUUAACAGCAAAAGAACUAAGGAGUUAACAACACGUGAUAGUAAAUAUCCCAACUUCAUUAGUAGUGGAUUUGCUCAUGGUCUUUUAAUAACAUUUUUUAAUCUUAGUUGA